AUGAAAAAUUUAGUGUCGGGUUUCCCAGCUGGUCUGUCAAAUAAAGUGUUAGACGGUGGUGCCAAUUUCAGUGUGGGUCAAAGACAACUUUUGUGUUUAGCUCGAGCUGUAGGCAGAAUGAAUAAAAUUUUAAUUCUGGAUGAGGCUACAGCUAAUAUUGAUCCUCGAACUGACGAACUAAUCCAAAAGACAAUUAGAUCGAAAUUUCGGGAAUGUACUGUACUAACAAUUGCUCAUCGGUUAAAUACGGUUAUGGAUUCCGACAGAAUUUUGGUGAUGAGCGAUGGUUGUGUUUUUGAGUUUGAUGAACCUCGUAGACUUCUCGAAAAUACGAAUGGAGUUUUCUACAGACUGGUGAAACAGGCUGGAAGUGACAUCUAG